AGGACACUGGGUGAGUCGAGCGAACGGCAGCGCGCACGUCACGGCCGCCGCUGGCACACCGCGAGUCCCCGCCGGCUAGGCUGAGCAGCAGCCAGAGCGAGCGAGAGUGCGCAAAUUCGAGGGCCCGGCUAUCGAUCAGGGGAGCGCACGGGCAGCCGAAGUGAGAUAGAAAGAGAGAGAGAGAGCGAGAGCGACCGAGAGAGCGCAAGAACACGUCGUCGGAGGGUUGGUCGGACGAAGCUAGGGUUGGUUUUGGGCAGCGGGGCGUCGCAGGGCGAUGGGAUAGCCCUGACGAGAGCCGCGUUUGCAGAGCAGCCUGAGCAUGAGCGAGGCGGCGUCGCCCACCACCACCGAGGAGCCAGCCGUCGACGACGACUGCCUCAGCGUGCGAAAAUGGUGGUGCUUCCUGCUGUCGAGCAUCUUCACCUUCCUGGCCGGGUUGGCCAUCGUGCUGCUGUGGCGCGCCUUCGCCUUCCUCUGCUGCCGAAAGGAGCCAGAGUUGGCGCCCAAUGACCCCAAGCAGAAGGAGCAGCGCUCGCAGCGCCAGAACAAGCAAGAGUUCGAGGGCACCUUUGUCACCGAGGCCAAGGACUGGGCUGGCGAGCUCAUCUCGGGCCAGACCACCACCGGACGCAUCCUGGUGGUGUUGGUGUUCAUUCUAAGUAUAGCGUCGUUAAUAAUCUACUUCAUCGAUGCCUCAAGCGAGGAAGUGGAGAGAUGCCAAAAGUGGAGUGACAAUUUCACUCAACAAAUAGAUCUAGCCUUCAAUAUAUUUUUUAUGGUGUACUUUUUUAUACGUUUUAUAGCUGCAAGCGACAAGCUCUGGUUCAUGCUAGAAAUGUAUUCGUUUGUUGAUUACUUUACGAUUCCCCCUUCGUUCGUAUCGAUAUACCUGGAUAGAACAUGGAUAGGUCUCAGAUUCCUCCGAGCCUUACGUCUGAUGACAGUACCAGACAUUCUUCAAUAUCUCAACAUCCUCAAGACGUCGAGCUCUAUCAGAUUGGCCCAGCUCGUGUCGAUCUUCAUCUCAGUCUGGCUCACAGCCGCGGGCAUCAUUCAUCUGCUGGAGAAUUCCGGAGACCCUCUGGAUUUUGAAAAUCCACAACAACUUUCCUACUGGACGUGCGUCUAUUUCCUAAUUGUCACCAUGUCCACUGUGGGCUACGGUGACGUCUAUUGCCAAACUGUGUUGGGCAGGACGUUUCUUGUAUUUUUCCUACUCGUCGGCUUGGCGAUAUUCGCGAGUUGCAUUCCCGAAAUCAUUGACCUCAUCGGAACUAGACCCAAGUAUGGUGGUACUCUCAAGAAUGAAAGGGGACGAAGGCAUAUUGUUGUGUGCGGUCAUAUCACUUAUGAGUCCGUCUCGCAUUUCUUAAAAGACUUUCUCCACGAAGACAGAGAAGAUGUUGACGUGGAGGUUGUGUUCUUGCACAGAAAGCCACCUGACUUAGAGCUGGAAGGCUUAUUCAAGCGCCAUUUCACCACUGUAGAGUUCUUCCAAGGGUCAAUCAUGAAUCCGAUCGACCUGCAGAGGGUCAAGGUUCACGAAGCGGACGCCUGCCUUGUAUUGGCAAACAAGUACUGCCAAGAUCCGGACGCUGAGGACGCCGCUAACAUCAUGCGAGUCAUCUCGAUCAAGAAUUACUCGGACGACAUAAGAGUUAUCAUCCAACUGAUGCAGUACCACAACAAGGCCUACCUUUUAAAUAUUCCAUCGUGGGACUGGAAACAAGGCGACGACGUCAUCUGCUUAGCAGAGUUAAAGCUCGGUUUCAUCGCACAAUCGUGCCUGGCCCCAGGAUUCUCCACAAUGAUGGCGAAUUUAUUCGCCAUGCGCUCAUUCAAAACGUCCCCAGAUACACAAGCUUGGCAAAAUGACUACCUGCAAGGGACAGGAUGCGAAAUGUACACCGAGACUUUGUCCCCGUCAUUCACUGGGAUGACGUUUCCGCAAGCCAGCGAGUUGUGUUUCACCAAGCUCAAGUUGUUGUUGCUGGCGAUCGAAAUCAAAGGCGAGGACGGCAACGACAGCAAAAUCUCGAUCAAUCCCAGAGGGGUCAAAAUUCAGGCGAGCACACAGGGUUUCUUCAUCGCACAAUCGGCCGACGAGGUCAAGAGGGCUUGGUUCUAUUGUAAGGCGUGUCACGACGACAUCAAGGAUGAAACUCUAAUAAAAAAGUGCAAGUGCAAAAAUUAUGUGGGGAUGAUGAUGAUGCAGUCAGGAAUGGUGAAACAAGGCGGUGUUAGUGCCUCCAACUAUGAGAAAUUUACAUCAGAGGUGGCUACUUUUCGGAAGGGUGUUCGUGCUAUACAGUUAUUCGGAAGGGCAAGCGAGGAUUAUUCCUAUGAAAAUGACUUCCACCCUCCCCCCACCUUUACGCCUCCAGAGUUACCAAAGAAGGUGCACGUAAGAGGUGAAACGCAACGCGAAAGAGAAGAUGCAAUGCUGGCUAAUCGCGGUACGCCUCGAAAUGUCCCUCAAAAUGCACUGAUGAACGCGACAACCAAGCAGAUCAGUAAGGUCAAGGGCACCGCCAAUCGCAACACGCCCGACCUGACCUCUCCGAACCAGUUCAACAACAGAAACCAGCAACAGGAAGACACGUCAGGCGGGUACCCUGGCUAUCACCUCGCAUACGAAGUGAAAAAGCUCAUGCCUACGCAGCGCAACUCAUCCGGAAACAACCAGAACAACAACAGCAACAACGUUAACAUGCAGGUUGGCAUCGCCGACGACCAGGCCAAGGACUUUGACUUUGAGAAGACGGAGAUGAAGUACGACUCAACCGGCAUGUUCCACUGGAGUCCUGCUAAAAACCUGGAGGACUGCAUCUUGGACCGAAAUCAGGCUGCAAUGACUGUUUUGAACGGGCACGUGGUAGUGUGUCUGUUCGCCGAUCCAGACUCUCCUUUGAUCGGUCUGCGCAACCUGGUGAUGCCCUUGAGGGCCUCCAACUUCCACUACCACGAACUGAAGCACGUCGUAAUUGUUGGUUCCGUGGACUACAUCCGCCGAGAGUGGAAAAUGUUGCAGAAUCUUCCUAAGAUCUCUGUUUUAAAUGGUUCACCGUUGAGUCGAGCAGACCUGAGAGCGGUGAACGUCAACUUGUGUGAUAUGUGCGUUAUCUUGUCGGCCAAAGUGCCCAGCAACGACGAUCCUACCCUCGCAGACAAAGAGGCCAUCCUCGCCUCGCUCAACAUCAAAGCCAUGACCUUCGAUGACACUAUUGGAGUGCUCAGUCAAUCGAAUGAGCAAGACUUGUUGUCACCCGUUGGCAGUCCAAUUGUUCUGCAGAGGAGAGGGUCUGUUUAUGGAGCCAAUGUGCCUAUGAUUACCGAGUUGGUAAACGAUAGCAACGUACAAUUUUUGGAUCAGGACGACGACGACGACCCUGACACUGAACUGUACCUGACUCAACCCUUCGCUUGCGGCACAGCCUUCGCUGUCAGUGUGCUCGACUCUUUGAUGUCUACUACUUACUUCAAUCAAAACGCUUUGACGCUAAUUCGCUCACUCAUCACCGGAGGUGCUACGCCUGAGCUGGAGUUGAUCCUGGCCGAGGGGGCGGGGCUCCGAGGGGGCUACAGUACCCCGGAGAGCCUCUCCAACCGAGACCGGUGUCGCGUAGGUCAGAUUUCGUUGUAUGACGGUCCGCUGGCUCAAUACGGCGAGGCUGGGAAGUACGGCGACCUGUUUGUGGCCGCGCUCAAAUCAUACGGCAUGCUUUGUAUCGGCCUAUACAGGUUCCGGGAUACAAGCUCAUCUUGUGAUGCCUCAUCUAAACGUUAUGUUAUCACAAACCCGCCAGAUGACUUUCAACUGUUGCCUACUGAUCAGGUGUUUGUCUUGAUGCAAUUCGACCCUGGUUUGGAGUACAAGCCUAGUCGGAGCGGCAACGGCGGAGGCGGCGGUGGAGCCAACACGCGCGGCAAGGACGACAACUCCUGACUGCUGCUUUGCGGCGCCCUCACCGACGGCCCUUACUCCUACAUUUAAAAGCCUGAAUAACUGCCUGAAUCAUUUUGGGACGACUGACAAAAAUUUUCUAUUGAUUCCAACCAAAAACAACCCGCCAAACUGCCAAAACGAAAAGACAAAUCAAUCUCAAUUUAUUUCAAACGUUGUUUGUCGGCGCAGUCGUCUCGAUUCAUUCAAACACCAAAAUCACUUUCGACAGGCCAAACUUUUGAUUUCUUGACUUGGGACCUCAUUUUCGUUGACUAUUUCAUAUGAUUUGCAUUAAUUAAUUGCCUGCUGAGCGGUAUUUCUCGGUGUUGGUUUUUUUUCUCAACAUACUGGGCACUUUUCAUUUUCCGGUGGGAAAAUCCAAACCAAUUUUGUGAAUGGCGAACUGUGAUAUUUGAUUAUUUUGAGUUUCGCGCCAGCUUCGGUGGAGACAAUCACACAAGAGAUGAGCAACUUUUUCAUUGGCAACGCGCGCCGCACUGAGAAAUGAGCAGAGCAAAAAGUAAAAAAUUCAUUUUUUUAAAUAAAUUUAAAUGCUUUACGCCUUUUUUAUAUUUUUGUAUCUCGUAAUAAUCUUUAUUAUUAGAUUUAUGUGUCGGUAUUUUGUCAUUGAUUUUUGCGUUAACUUGCCAGAGCUUUGGUUUCGUUUCCCGUGGCCGGGCAAAGAGUGAUUUCGCUGGAAUAUUUGCAAAUUACAAAAAAUGUAUGUGGGAAUAAGGUGCUCGUCCCUGCAAAGGGAGGACCGCCGCAAGACUUUUCAGUCGGACAGACUCAAAACUAUUGAACUUCUCCGGUGAGAUAUAAUUAUAGAAACACAAAAACACUCCAAGUGCUAAGAUAUAAAGAAUUGAGAAACACAGAAGGUGAGACGCGCAAGAAGUCUAAAAUAAAAUUUAAUAUUGAAAGAAAAAAUGGACGAAUAGAAGAAGAAAAAGAAAACUAUAAAUUGUACGAGUGAGUGAACGCAUAGCUUUACAAGAAAGAAAAAGACAACCAACACGCGACAUAAAUUUUUUAUUAUCGAGGAACAUUAUUUAUACAUCAAAAAGCCAUAUCAUUGUGAGAGAAUCGCCCCCCGAGCAGAGAAAAGAAAACAUGUAAUCAAGCGCCUAAGUGUAUAGGUAGCGAUCAGAACAGGCCGCUACUGUAUCCUAGUGUAUUAUAAAGAAUUUUAUCAUCAUGCUACCGAAAUACCGCAGUCACACAGCAAAAAGUAAGAAACCACCACACCUAUAUAUAAAUAUUGUAAAUAAAUGUAAAAAAAACUUUUCAAGACGAAAACUGCUGCUUUUUAUCACAAUAGACGAGAAGAGUGCUUAUAAUGAUUGCGAGCGGAAAUUUAAAUGUUGUACUCACUGUGAUAUUAACUUGAAGAAUAGACGUUUUGCAGGACGCUAUUAUUAUAUUAUUACUUGGAUCACCAUCACAAAGUUAUAAUUAAAACACUAUUACCGUUAUAUUAAGAAAAUAUAUUAAAAAUCGAUUGUUACUUGAACAUUUUUUCAUCACAAUGAUUGCCUAAAUAAUUAUAUAUAUUAUUGUGUACGCCAGAAGCGCCCAUCUUAAAAAAAACGUCAGCAUUCUGUAGUGUCCCCAUGUGGAAAAAAGAUGUGCAAAACACCUUAAACCCCUGUCAGUAUUCAAAGUUACUAAAAGAAAAUCUUGUCUUUUGGUACUGUGUAAUAAUAUGAUAAGAUUAAAAAAAAAACUA